AUGAUAUUUGGAGAUUAUGGGGCAUUAAUUUUUGUUAUCGACGCCCAAGACGAUUAUAUUGAAGCUUUAAAUCGUCUUCAUCAUACUGUAACACGAGCAUAUAAAGUCAACCCUGAACUUUCUUUCGAAGUGUUUAUACACAAAGUAGAUGCGUUGUCUGACGAAUACAAAAUUGAUACUCAACGCGAUAUUCAACAACGAAUUACAGAUGAAUUGGCAGAUCAUGACUUGGAACAUGUUCAUUUAAACUUUUAUUUAACCAGUAUUUACGAUCAUUCAAUUUUUGAAGCAUUUAGCAAAGUAAUUCAAAAACUUAUACCUCAAUUGCCAACCGAUGAAUCAUAUGACGAUCAAUCACAAGUUGAUACCAACGGUUAUUCUGGCAACUAUGAAACUGCAAAUGAUGCAUCAUCAUUGAUUAAAUUAAAUAAUGGAACGAUAUUGUGUCUCAGAGGAGGACCGUUAUCAAUUAUACCUGUUACUGAUUGCGACAUAUUUUUUUAUACACAUACCUUAUUUAUUAAAACCAGAUUUCUCGCGCUGGUUUGCCUUCUUCGGGCUGAUAAUUUUGAAAAGCACGGAUUAAUAGAUUAUAAUUUUCAAUGCUUUAAAGAAGCAAUAGCAGAAGUGUUUGAACUGAAGCGUCGUAAUGCAGAAAGAGCUAAACAUGAAAGGAUGGGAUUAAUAGAGAAUGUAGAUGAUAAC